GUGCAGUUAGCUUCUAAAGUUACCAGAGAGUUAGAUGGUUGUUGGAAGAGUGGAAAAGUAAGGGUGCUCAAUAGCCGAAGUCAAUUCAACUUCACAAAGCAUUGUUAAUACAUUCAAGUGUGUUAAUCUAUUGGCAUUUUAACUGCUAAACGUCGAUUCUGUGACGCCAGCAUCGCGCAGUUGACACUGUCUCUUUUUUAUCACUUGGAUUUUUGAACAAACAGAAAACAUGGUUGCCAUGACAAAGAAAGUGAAGACCUUCGAGGUUAUUUUCAGCGAUCCUAGCAAGGUGUUCUACUCCAGCGGAGACAAAGUCGCCGGGAGGAUCGUGGUCGAAGUAACCGAGGUUACCAGGGUUUCGUCAAUGAAAGUGGUCGGAGUUGGUUGCGCUAAAGUGGAGUAUGCCAAGGGGAAACGGCGUUGCCGUGAAGAGAUGGAAUACCUUAAAUACGAGGAAACUCUCCGACUGGACGACCACCCUGCUGAUACUGAUGGAUCAGUCAUCCUGAGGCCUGGGAACAAGUACGAGUACACAUUCGGAUUCGAGCUGCCCCAGCAAGGGCAGCUGGUGUCUUCCUACAAGGGCAAGUUUGGCUACGUCCAGUACUUCGUGAAGGCCUCCAUGGAGAGGCCGUCCCACCCUGUCAUGGAGGCAAAGAAGUUUUUUGAGGUGGAGGAGCCCCUGGAUGUCAACACUCCUGACCUCAUGUCUCCUACAAGCGGAAUGAAGGAGAAGAAGGUGACCUGCAUGUUCAUCCCCGACGGCCAGGUGUCCCUGAACGCCAAGAUCGACCGCAAGGGCUUCUGCGAGGGGGAGGAGAUCUGCAUCGACGCCAAGUUCGAGAACACCUGCUCGCGCAUCGUGGUGCCCAAGGCCGCCAUCGUGGCCAAGCACACCUACCAGGCCAGCGGGCGCGCCAAGGUCUUCCGCCAGAAGCUGUCCUCCGUGCGCGGCAACCACAUCAUCUCCGGCAUGUGCGACGCCUGGCAGGGCAAGACCAUCCGCGUGCCCAAGAUCAAGCCCUCCAUCCUGGGCUGCAACAUCCUCCGCGUGGAGUAUGCCCUCAUGAUCUACGUGCACAUCCCCGGCAGCGACAAGCUGAUCCUGGAGUUGCCGCUGGUCAUCGGCUCGGGCUCCAGCGGACUGAGCAGCCGCACCAACAGCAUGAGCAGCCAGGACGGCAGCCAGGCCUCCAACAGCUGGGUGUCCCUGCAGAUGCCCUCGGCCCCGCCCAGCUACUGCGACAUCACCCGCGACUGCCGGCUGGACACGCCCCUCACCCCGCUGCUGGACGACUACGACGGCGGCGACAGCCCCAUCUUUAUGAACGCCCCGCAGUUCCAGUUUCCGCCGCUUCCCGCGUACACUGAGGUCGACGAAGAGCGCAACAGCAACCCCCGCAUGCUGCCAGUCUGUUGAAGAUGCCGGGGAGGGCGGGGCGAAAGAGACUUUUCCCCCGAACUUUAACGCCCACCUUAUUUGGGCACAUUUCUGUUCAGGCAUGUGUGAGGACAGAACCUGAGAGAGUCUGGGGAACGGAAGGGCCAGUCACUGAAGGGCCUGCGAAGAGCGCGGCGUUGGAAAGGCCUUCUGGGAAGUUUGCGGGGCACUGGAGGGGGGGGGGCGUUAGGUCAGGUAUAGAGCCGCCCCCUCCGAAUGCGGGAGAGAAGGUGAAGAGUCGAUGGCGAGGCGAGAUUUGUUGGGUGUGUUUGGGAGCUUCCUGCCUGUGCUGACAGCCAUCUCCACAAGGCUGAGAAAAGCUUGUUUAGGAAAAUUUUUUUUAAAAGCUAUGAAGGUGUUCGGCAGCCUUCUCCUGUGGCCAGGUUUCCAGGAAACCGGCUUUUCCUGGGGGGGCGUUAACCCCCCAGAGCUGUAGUCCUUUCCCACCCUUGCUUUGUAGUUUUCAGUCUCACAUACUUUGCAAGCUGUGCAGGACCAGCUGAGAUGGAGAUGGGGGGGGGGGGGGGGUAGGUAGGAGAUCUGUGCUACACAUUCAAACUCUGUCUGAGUAUCUUUGUGACCCAACACGUAUCUCCAAGCCCCAGGGUCCAAAGACGUCUUUGUCCCCAUCGACGGGCUGCUUUCGAGGGACUGUCCAUUCUAGAUUCCCUCCAUUCUGAAAGGAAUGACAGUAAUUGGUCAUUCGCGCUGAACCACAUUCGUUAUUUCAUGCAUUCAUUCUCCUCACAAAGCCAGCCUGUGGACGUGGGACGUCCAUUUUAUAUGGAAAGAAUUGUAAAAAAUGAUUUUAUUUUUCUGGUUGUGCAGCAGCAUUUCUGCAUGCUUUUAUUUUACUGCUAUCAAUAUUGAUUUUGAUCAUGUUUGUACAUUCAGAAUCGGUAUAAAUAUUGUAUCUGGUGUCUUAUUUGUUUUUUGUGAUAAUGCACUUUCUACUGAUGCGAAUUGCUCUUCAACUGCCUACAGGCAAUGCCUGUUUGUGUGUUUUUUUUGUUUUUUUAUUUUUAGUAUAGUCUUCCAGAUGUGUUUUGGAAAUUGUAUAAACUCUUGUUUCUGGUAUGUUGGAGCAUUCGUCAGAAGCUUCAGCCCAAGAUCACUGUUUGUUCUUUUUCUGACCUCAAAAUCGUUAAUCUCUAAAGGGCUUUUUGAUUUAUUCGAUUCUAAAGUCUACUGAUUUGAGAGGGCCAAUGGGAGCCAAAAUGGCAUGCCAAACCAGGGACAGUUUGGGCCCAACGCUUUUUGAUGUAAUCUUUGGGAAACCAGGAGAUGCACCUUAUGAUGUUGCUGUCAUUGCUAGUAUUACGAUUGCAGAUAUGUGUCUGUUCCUAGACUCAAUGUCAUUUUUCGGGGACCUGUGACAAGGGUCCAAAAUGUUUUUGUUUUAUUUUUUUUUUUUCCUCAUUCAAAACUCAGUGAGCAUUACCACUGUAAUAUAAUCGGAGAAUAAUCUGUGUGCAAUGCAACCUUUAUAUUUUCUACUUGUAUUAAAUGGAAAGUAUUGUGUUUUUUUAUAUAAGACCCUAUGGGUUCGUUUUCUAUAAGACAAAUAAAAUACUUAAAAUUCA